CGAGCAGAGGCAGCGGCGGCGAGGCGUGGCGCGAGGGGGAGGGGCAGGGCGGAGCCGGCGCCCGGUCGAAGCAGAGAUAUAGUGCCGCAGUCGUCCGCAAGCUCCGGAGUCUGGUCGUCGCCACUGCCGCCGCUGCGUCUGUCAGCCUCUGAUCAUCCCUUUCCAAGAUGGAGGAGAAGCCAAACUCUGGAACCCCACAUUACGGAGUACCCGACAGCAGGUUCCAACUACGUACAUUUUUAAAAAUGAGUUCUCGAAAGUAUUAUCCAACGCAGUGCCGUGCCACAGUGCUGCCGGCAGACCCUUUCGAUGCCACCGCUGAUGCCGAGACUCUGCGAGCAGCCAUGAAGGGCUUCGGCACGGACGAACAGGUCAUCAUCGACAUCUUGGCCAAACGAGGGGUCGUCCAAAGACUCGAAAUCGCCGAAACAUUCAAAACCCUGUACGGAAAAGAAUUGGUCAAAGAACUUAAGGGUGAAUUGACAGGACACUUCGAAGAAGCAAUAGUGUCAUUGAUGACCUCUCUGCCAGAACUUUACGCCAAAGAAUUACACGAUGCCAUUAGCGGCAUCGGUACCGAUGAGGAGGCAAUAGUGGAGAUUCUCUGCACUCUGAGUAAUUAUGGAAUCCGCACCGUUUCCCAAGUUUAUCAGAAUGAGUACGGAAACGCAUUGGAAGAUGAUUUAAAAGGUGAUACAUCUGGUCACUUCAAGAGAUUGCUGGUAUCCCUCACAAUGGCAAACAGAGAUGAAGAAGAGGACUCUGACCCACAAGCUUCAGCCAAGGCCGAUGCCGAGGCUCUGUUGUCAGCAGGUGAAAUGUUAUGGGGAACUGAUGAAUCAGCAUUCAAUGCUAUUCUGGUUACAAAAAGUUACCAGCAACUAAAACAUAUUUUCCGAGAGUAUAAUAAACUUGCUGGUCAUGAUAUUGAAGAUGCUAUUAAGAGAGAAUUUUCUGGAAGUUUAGAGGGAGGCUACCUUGCCAUAAUUAAAUCCGUUAAAAAUAAAACACAGUAUUUUGCCGAACGUUUGCAUGAUGCAAUGGCUGGUAUGGGUACAAAGGACAGGACCUUAAUUAGAAUUAUCGUAGCUAGAUCUGAGAUUGAUUUGGGCGAUAUUAAAGAAGAAUAUGAGAAAAUUUAUGAAAAACCGUUGGCCACUAGGAUUGAGGAGGACUGUGCUGGGGACUACAAAAGACUGCUUAUUGCUUUGUUAGGUUGAGCAAAAAAUUUUUCCUUCACAUUCCAUGUGUAAGUUGUCUUUGAAAAUGUAACCUGUUGCAGUGUUAGAAUUUUUUUGGUACCGAAGGAGCAAGAAAAAAUGCUUUAUUUUUGUUAUUUUCUUAAAGAUUUGGAUGUCAAUAAAAUAUAAUUACUUCUAUUCAAGAAAAAUGUAAAUAAAAAAUAAAAUAUUGGUAAUUAUGUAUUUCCUGUGGCAUGUUAGAUUUUAAUGAAACCUUGGUUGUGUGUUAAAUUAUUGGCAUAAAUUGCCAAAGUGUGAAAAUUAUAGAAUCUCCACUAAACCUUUCAUCUACACAUUGUAUUUUAAUUUGGUUUGCAGUAAUAUCAAACCAUGGUGAGGGAGAACCGGGGUUAUUUCCAUGAAAGAGAAAACAUUUUGGGAGACUUCUUAUAUUUCUGUAAACAAACUAAUGAGGAGUUGUGUGCUUAACCUCAAAACACAGUUACAAUAAAAAGACGUUGAAAGUUUUCACAAGAGAUUUUUUAUAUUUCCUUAUUAGUAAGUAAUCUUACAUGCAGUCAGUUUAUUUUGUUAAUUUCAUUAGGACGUGAUGCAACCAGUAGAUUCAAUAAAAGUGAAUUCCUAAUUUAAAUAUAAUAAUUAGUCUUAUUCUAUUCAUGUCUACAUGUUUUUUCCAUAUUUUCAUUUAAGGUGUUGUUCUGGAGAUAAACUUUUAAAUUCAUUACAUGAUGUAUAUAUUCA